UUUCACAAAAGUCCUGCCAUGGCUGAAAAAUAUCCAGAAAAUACUGACUCUGCUGUCCACAACUUAUCAACCAUUUGGCCAGAUCAGCUUCCAAUCUUCGAUUUUAUUGAUAAUUUAACUACGUUCGAGUCUUGUCUGGGUUAUGGUCGUUUUGGUGUCGUUCUUAAGGUCAAGAUAUCCUCAAAAUUCUACGCCGUGAAAUUUCUACUUUCGAACGAAAUUCUGACUGAAGAAAAGGCACGGCGUGAGUACGAUAUUCCUCUCGCGCUUAAGCCACACAAAAAUGUCGUAGGAAUUCAUAACUACGUGAAAAACAAGGUCCUGUCGCCCUCCCAAGUGGAACAAAUUAUCGCAUUAUCAGACCCCACCAUAGAAGCUAGCUAUAAAAUUGAGCUGCGUAAAAGGGCUACGGUUAGAUGGACCUGUAUACAAAUGGAGCUCUGCGGACCGAGUUUGCGGGAUUGGCUGAAAGAAUUCAAGCCACCAAAAGACUCGAUUUAUACUCAAAUGAAGCAGGCCGCCAUAGUACAAGAUCUAAUUGAGGGGAUGGAAUUUUUGCAUAAGAAUGGCGUCAUACAUCGUGACCUUAAACCUGAAAAUAUUAUGUUCACUUCCUUUGAGUACAAUCUACCCAUUAAAAUCGGAGAUUUUGGCCUCGCGAGACUGAUCCUCCCAGAAGAUGGCAGCACGCUCACAAGCAACGUCGGAACGAGAUGGUAUAGGGCACCGGAAAUACUCGAUGGAAAGUACUCGUACCAGGCAGACAUUUACUCAUUGGGGUUAGUUCUAUGGGAGACAACGGCAUUAAUCCCGUCGAAAAAACUACCUGGUUUAAUCGACCAAUUGGUGAAUGAUAAAAACGAAAAAUUAGUAGAUGAACAUCCUCUCCUUGGUCCAGGAUUAAGAGAAUUAAUCAUAUCUUGCACCAAAAGAUACACGAUCGAUAGAUUAAAAAGUAUGACCGAGGCCUCCAAACUACUGAAUAUAAAAGUCAUACAAAUUCGCCCACAAGAAAUAGUUGCGAGAACAAGCGAAGCGUUACGACUAUGCCUCAAAUUUGUUUCAAGAGGAUGCACCAUCCGACUGGUAGAGACGACUUACCAUUGUGGCAUUUAUAUGCGUGUAGACAACACGAAGAUUUUUGGGCAAGGAGAAAACACCGUAAUUGACUUACGAGCAAAUGAAAUUCAGAUUUGCGCAAGUCAUUGUACUCUUUCUUAUCUGAAAAUCAUUGGUCAUGCGAGAGACGACCUUCCAACGAUAUGGGUAGAAAAUUCACACAAUAAAAUAAAUGACGUCACAAUUAAAUUGGAAGCAUAUCACAAGGACGACGGCACAGAAGAAGAAUCCAACGUUUAUGGAAUUUUUGUGGAAGGUGAGAACCAUAUGUUGCAACGGGUAACGAUUGAAAAUACGACGCCGAGAGACUUGCUAAUUUAUGGUAGUUUAUUCGCUCCGAACUUGACAAUUUGGGAUUUAUUUGUCACGAAAGGACAGGUCGUAAUAUGCAUUGACGGCGAAAGUGGUUCCCUCAAGCGUAUUGGCCAGUCGGACCUGCUAGAUAAUUCUCUUCAAAAUGUAUCGUUACGUCCAGAGUCGCAAAAUGAACUAUUUGAUCGCCGAGAUUGUCCUGCAGAAUUGCACAUAUGUGUUAAAGGAUUAAACUGUAAUCUGGAAGAAAUUCAAUGUGCUGGUGUAUUUGUUAAUGCAAGCAAUACAUCCCUUCACAAUGUGCAAUGCUCAGGUGUAAUUACAAUAUUAGCCCAACUGAAUAACAUUGCAUUGAAGAAAUGUGAAACAAAAUCGCUCAAUACAGAGUCAAAAGUCUCCAUAAUAGACUGCAAGCUUGGCGCCGUAUCGAACAUUAUAGAAUGGAAAGGAUUCUACAUGGCAGGGUUUUGGUAUCAUUACUUAAAUAAACACCUUAACUAUCCGACUGGGAUAAAGAGAUAAGCACAUAUUGCUUAUUAAGAUUUAUUUUGGCGGAGGCCUUAAUAUUCACAUUAUAAGCAAAAUCAUAGUAAAUAAAAUAGUUGACUGGCCUUGGCCAUUUUGUGUUGUCUCUUGAAUAUGUAAAUUAAUGCAGUCUCCAUUCUUUUGUACGAAAUUAUUUACCAGAUCAAGGUUAACGUUAGCUAAGGAAAGAUUUAAUUUACCCUGGAUUUUGUACAGUUUGCUUAAUAUAGUAUUCAGCAUGAAUUUAUUUAUCAAAAGGGUAAAAUAUUUUUUUACAACCUUUGUUCAAGUCGUAAUGAAUUUUUAAACUAAUUGCUUGCAUUAAACAGGAAAGACCAAAAAAUAUAUGUACACUACUUAUUUAUGUGCAUGCCUACAUAUGUAUGUCCAGAAUCUCUUAAUUAAGAGUUGAUAAAUUGCUCACAUUCCGUAGACUGCAUAGGUACACUCUUAGAAACCCAGUAUUAAAUUAAUACCAGCUGGUAUUCAUAUAUGACUCUACCAGCGUGGAAUUGAUAAAUAAUACUUACUGUGUUUUAAUAACUCGUUAUUAAGGCUUUACAAUAUCGAUGUCAAAUUUUUACGGAGAGGAAUAAGUUUAAUACCAAGCUGUAGCAACUUGUAUACCGAGAAAUCAAUACCUACGUGAAUAUACUGGAUUGCUAAGAGUGUACCAUCUUUAUGUUCAUACUUUUAUUCAUGUUCACAUCUUUAUUAUAAUUUCGAAAAGUCCGUCCCGUGAAACUUUCCGUGAGAUCCCAGCAUUCUGAUUGGUUGCUGGGGUUCUGGCUCAACCAAUCAGGAAAGGGAUAAGGAUUUUGACUAUAAUUAUUUUAAGUAUCAUUUUAAGUAUCAUUUUCAGUAUCAUUGUCAGUAUCAUUUUCAGUAUCAUUUUCAGUAUCAUUUUCAGGAUCAUUUUCAGUGCAGAUACCCAGUUGUGUAAUAAUUGUGGUAUGUUCGUGGAACCUCAAAUUGUGCCCGUCUUUAAGACGGGCUUCUAGGCUAGUAUCCAUAUAUAUUUACAUUUUAUAGCAGAGCUUAAAUUGUACAUGCUGCUUUUCACGUCUUACGGUAAACCAAGAAGUUGGUGGUGGUCACGAUAAUUGACCUAGUUGAAACAUUUGCACCGUUUUAUACUGCAUAACGGGAUACAUUUCUUUCGACACGUGUACAAAAUGUUCAAAUUACCGGACAAACAAUGUAUCACUAUGCUGCAUUUGAAAAAAUGUUAAAUCGAUUUAAAUACUGGUAGGUGUGCAAAAAAAUAACAAAAAAACGGAGGCAAGUAAUGUUCAAGAAAAUAUGUGUCAGCUGAAGUAUAUUGCAAAUAUUUGGCUUGGCCAGGUGCUCAUUGUCCAUUUCGAGAAUCUAUUGUUAAAUUGUUCAUUAUUAAUUUCGGACAUUUAUGAAUUAUGUAUGCUUCAGCAAGAUGGAAGAUCAAAUUGGAGUGCAAGCCGAUAUUUAAAAUUAGUAUGUACAUAUGUAGACCCUAAGCUAAAACUAUCUAGAAUAUUUAUACGUGUUAUAAGUUGUUUACUUUAGACCCGUCUUACAUUCAUGUACGUAUAUAUGUAUCAAUACAAUAUUGAUGAAGAAAUUAA